AGAGAAGAGAAGGGAAGAGAGGGAAAAGGGCAGCUAGAGCGUGCUUUUAGUUCAACAGGGUGAACUAACGGAGAGAGAAAAAUCACCCGGAGGGACUAACGUAAAAUAUUUGGACUUGGUCUAUUCAGCGGCAGCUCGGCGGGACACUGAGAGGCUUGUGAGAGGUGUCUAAACUGAGGACUGACAGAUAAGAACUCCAAAUAUCGCCUAGAUAUCACAGAACCAGACCAAAGACUUUUUACACUCAACAACAACAUCAAACCAAAGUGUUCAGCAACUCUCUUACCUAACAUGAUGAUCUUCAGUAACGCUUCAGCAAGGGCAGUGAAUUAACAGAUCUUCCUCUCAUUACCUUGGAUCAUAUUGGAAUUUAAAUACUUUGUCCAAUGCUUACCUGCAAGGCAAGUUCAGCUUUGGCUGCAUGUCCAUUUCCGACCUGGAAAUAGCUAGCUUUUUGAACUUUUAACUUCAGCUUUUUUUUUACUCCCUGAUGAUCACAAGGGAAUAUGUCACUCUGUUUCUGGUGGGCUCCUGUUUCCUGUUGGACUACAGCUCCCAAGUCCCCCUGCAGGCUCAGCUCCAGAGCAGAACUAAGGCUGGAGUGAUGUCAGCCAGUGGAGGGACUAGAGGCAAGACCGUGAGGGCACCUUUGGGGGAAGUCAUAUCAUUGGAGAGCAGGAUGAGGCUAAGGAGACAUGGGAGAUCGAAGGUCCAGCGUAUUAAAAGAGGAUGGGUGUGGAACCAGUUCUUUGUCCUGGAGGAGUACAUGGGAUCUGAACCCCAGUAUGUUGGAAAGCUCCAUACAGACAUGGACCACGGAGAUAAUGCAGUCAAGUACACUCUGUCGGGAGAAGGAGCUGGUUCUAUCUUCACCAUUGAUCAAAUUACAGGAGAUAUACACGCACUGGUGGGGUUGGACAGGGAGGAAAAGUCCUACUACACACUGAGGGCCCAGGCUGUGGACAAGCACACAGGCCUCCCUCUGGAGCCAGAGUCUGAGUUCAUCAUCAAGGUGCAGGACAUCAAUGACAAUGAGCCACGGUUUCCUGACAGUCCCUACAGCGCCACUGUCCCUGAGAUGUCACCAACAGGUACCUAUGUAACGCAGGUGACCGCCAGUGACGCAGAUGACCCCACAUAUGGAAACAGCGCACGCAUUGUCUACAGCAUCCUUCACGGCCAGCCGUACUUUUCCGUGGACCCCAAGACAGGAGUGAUCAGAACAGCUCUAGCCAACAUGGACCGUGAGGUGAAAGGGGAGUACCAGGUUCUUCUCCAGGCCAAGGACAUGGGAGGUCAGCUAGGGGGACUGGCCUCCACCACCACCAUCAACAUCACCCUCAGUGACGUCAACGACAACCCACCGCGCUUCGCUAAGAGUAUUUUCCAUCUGCGGGUGCCGGAGUUGGCGUCAGUUGGCUCAGCAGUGGGUCGGAUCCGGGCCCACGAUCUGGACGCAGGCAGCAAUGCAGAGGUGGAUUACGCCAUUGUUCCAGGAGAUGAAGGCAACAUGUUUGAUAUCAUCUCUAAUGGCCAAAGUCAAGAGGGAGUUGUAGUCUUGAAAAAGACUCUCGACUAUGAGACCAAGAAGUCAUAUACCUUCAAGGUUGAGGCGUCUAACGCACAGCUGGACCCCCGUUUCCUUCAUCUGGGGCCUUUCAAGGACUCAGCGACAGUCAAAGUGAAUGUCCUGGACAUGGAUGAGCCUCCUGUCUUCACCAAGCCCUCCUACUCUAUGGAUGUGUAUGAGGACACUCCUCCAGGGACCAUCAUUGGCUCUGUGACAGCUCACGACCUGGAUGCCAGCAGCAGCGCUGUCAGGUAUUCCAUGGAAUGGCACACAGAGUCUGACAGCUGUUUCGAUAUUGACACAGUUGAAGGAACCAUUUCCACGAAUGAAUACCUGGACAGAGAGACAGCUGUUCUGCACAAUAUCACCGUAGUAGCAACAAAAGUCAACAACCCGCUGCUGUCUGCCAAAGUGACGGUGACAGUCAACGUCCUGGAUGUAAACGAGUUCCCUCCUGAGCUCGCGGUUCCCUCAGACACCUUCGUCUGUGAAAACUCCAGAGUCGGACAGGUGAUCCAGAUAGUCAGCGCUGUGGACAAGGACCUCCCUCCUGUCGGCCAGAGGUUCUUCUUCAAGUCCCCCAAAGAGCUUCGCAACAGAAACUUCACUGUUCGAGAUUUUGGAAACAACACGGCUGGCAUUGUGACUAGACGCUCUGGCUUCCAGCGGCGGCUGCAGGACGUCUACGUUCUUCCAGUUGUGGUUGAGGACAGCGGUUACCCUGCCCAGAGCAGCACGGCCACCCUCACCAUCCGAGUGUGUUACUGCGAGGCAGGAGGCUUGCUGCUUACCUGCUCUGCGGAGGCCAUCUUCUUGCCUGUGGGCCUCAGCACUGGAGCUCUGAUGGCUAUUCUGCUCUGUGUAGCUCUGCUGAUUGUUAUGGCAGCCUUAUACAUGGGCCAGAGGCGCAACAAACAGAAAGAGACUCUGAUGACAUCCAAAGAGGACAUCCGUGAUAAUGUCAUUCACUAUGACGACGAGGGCGGUGGUGAAGCGGACACUCACGCCUUUGACAUGGGCACUCUGCGCACCACGCACUCACAGCGCACCAGCACUCACAGCAGCACCUCCAAGAAGGAGAAAAAUGGCUACGGAGACGGGGUUCUGCUGCAUCUCAGCAGUCGCCCCGGUAACGUCAGGUCACCCGACAUCCACUGCCAAACAGCCAGCGUCAUCACUGCCGUGAACAACAAGGCCCCACUCUCUGCUCGCGGCAGAGUGACCGAGGGCGACGCUGAAAUGAUCAGGGAGUUCAUCGAGCAGCGACUGGAGGACAGCCAGCAGGGUUACGCCGCCCCACCGUAUGAUUCACUGGCGACCUACGCCUACGAGGGUGAAGGCUCAGUGGCUGGCUCGCUCAGCUCUAUCGAGGAAUCGUGGGUAAUUGAUGAUACAGGGGAUUUUAGCUCCCUUGGUGACUGGGGACAGCCGUUUAAAACACUGGCUAGCAUCCUGGACAGACAGCCGCCUACUCUGACUGAGGAGAGCUGAAAGCAGAGAGACUUUGGAUGGCCGUGUGGGAAUUAGCUUUUUCUAGACAUUUCUUUUUUUACUGUGACAAGCACCUGGCUACAGUGAUGUGAAGACUUUUUAGAAAGCUGUCCAUGUGAAGUAGAGUUGUGGACUGAUUUGCUAGAGAGCAGACAAUCUAGCUACAGUUGUGUGAAAAGGUAAACUUGAUAGCUCCUCAAAGUGCCUGAGGUUCUAUAUGUUUACAUGUAUUUUAAUUCAUGUUACUUAAUAAAAAUAUCUUCACCUGA